AGUUAUAUAAACUGUUUAUCUUUCAGAGCCAACGCAUUAUCAGCCAAGCCAAAGCCCCAAGAGGAAGCAAGAGUAUUUGAGAAGGCUCCCGGCAUCUCAUGAAUGAACUAACGGAACUCGAUAAUGCUGGCUCUCCCGAGCCAGGUCUACGGCUCAGGAAAGGACACAUGUCUAGCACUGAAGCACAGUCAAACAUUGAAGAGGACAGCUCUGAGCAAAGGCUUCUUCUAGUGGAGCCACCUCUGUCUUCUGACCAGGAAAAUAGUUCUGAUGAUAAUAACCAUGAUAAUGAACCGCCUCAAGAAGAUGAAGGGUUUAUGGGUAUGUCACCUCUUCUACAAGCACACCAUGCUAUGGAGAGAAUGGAAGAAUUCGUGUGCAAGGUGUGGGAGGGCCGAUGGAGAGUCAUUCCUCACGAUGUUCUGCCCGACUGGCUGAAGGAUAACGACUACUUGUUGCAUGGGCACAGACCACCCAUGCCUUCCUUCCGGGCUUGUUUCAAGAGCAUCUUCAGAAUACACACAGAGACUGGUAACAUCUGGACGCAUCUUCUAGGAUGUGUGUUCUUCCUGUGUCUGGGAAUCUUCUACAUGUUCCGGCCAAACAUGUCCUUUGUAGCACCUGUGCAGGAGAAAGUGGUGGUUGGAUUGUUCUUUCUGGGAGCCAUCCUUUGCCUCUCUUUCUCAUGGCUCUUCCACACCGUUUAUUGCCACUCAGAAGGUGUUUCUCGGCUCUUCUCCAAGCUGGAUUAUUCUGGUAUUGCACUUCUCAUUAUGGGCAGCUUUGUACCGUGGCUGUACUACUCCUUCUAUUGCAACCCACAGCCUUGCUUCAUCUACUUGAUUGUGAUUUGUGUCCUGGGCAUUGCAGCCAUAAUUGUCUCACAGUGGGACAUGUUUGCAACCCCUCAAUACCGGGGUGUAAGGGCAGGAGUAUUUCUAGGUCUGGGUCUUAGUGGGGUUAUCCCCACCCUGCACUUUGUCAUCUCUGAGGGGCUCCUGAAGGCAGCCACCAUGGGGCAGAUAGGCUGGCUGGCGCUCAUGGCCUGCCUGUACAUCACCGGUGCCGCGCUGUACGCCGCCCGCAUCCCGGAGAGGUUCUUCCCUGGCAAGUGCGAUAUCUGGUUCCACUCCCACCAGCUGUUUCACGUCUUUGUAGUGGCUGGUGCUUUCGUGCAUUUCCACGGAGUGUCGAACCUCCAGGAGUUCCGUUUCACGGUCGGAGGAGGCUGCGCGGAGGAAGAGGGCAUGCAGUAACACCAGCCUUCGGCCCACGAGCGUAACCAAAACAGCACCGCGAGCGCGGGCGAGGCACACUGGCUAGCAAAACGAAUACCUAAGAAGAAUCCAAGUUUCAGCUGAUGGAGCAUGGAGCUUCAUGGGGGAUUCUGACUAACCAAGAUAAAUUCUAUACCUCAAGCAAUGGAAUGAAUCAAUUUGAAGACCAGGAAAUUUUGAAGCCCUAAUUUAUUCUUGGGAUCUACAGAUUGAGCUACAGAGGACCCUUUCCAAAUCGGCUUCUGUUCAAUGCCAUAUUUAUUUGUAGAUGUUGGGAGGGAUAGCUUAGCAGUUUCAUUUUUUUCAUUUUUUUUUAAUCAAGGUUAAAUUUAUAUCCUCUUGGAGGGUUUGGGAUUUGAUUUUAGAUGCUCUUUUGGGAGAAAAAAAAAGAAAUUGUAAAUAAGAUUUCUAACUUUCUGUUUAAAUAAAAUUUAUAUAAAUGUUUUAAACAAUGGGUGGGGGGAGAAAGGGUUUUUGUAAAGAAUGCAACAUCCAAGUACCACACACUGUUUCAAUUUUGCACAAAAUAAAUAACUGCAGGAGGACCAGGUAUAAUUCCCAGGAGUGAGGUAUGUUGUCCCUGCAGAUGUUUCCCGGUGGCCAGCACGCCAUGGGCAAUGUGGAGUCCCAGCAGCACUU